AUGCAGCCCCCUCGCCCAACAAACCGCUUGACCAGGUGGUGCGGAGAAAAGAUGGUGGCCCUUGUCCCCGGGAUAAAAAGAAACAAAAGAAAAAACGUCCACCUGACCGCUCAGAUAUUUUGCAAGGGAAGGGAAUUUGUGAUGUCUUUGGAAUGUGGAGCUAAGAAACGGCAUCACAACCCAGUGAAGAGCAUCUGCAGGAAGAUCCAGUCUAUCCAAAUGAUGGACCAAGUCUCCAACCCAGCCUUGCAGAUCCCAAAAUUUCAGUCCCGGAACUUUGACAGUCCACAGAGCAAUGUUAAAAAAAAUCUGGAAGAAAUACUGAAAGGGAGAACUUGCAGAAACCGGGAUAGUACUUUUUCCCCCUCAGCCACGCCUGACAGUGACAAUGUUUUCUCUGCUAACUCACCUUGUCUCGGGGCCACCUCUGACUCCCACUCUGCAAAUGCCACCUUUUCAAUCCUUAAAAGCAGUGAGAGAUCUGGCAGCCCAUGGAGGUCUGAGUGCCCCAUGGAUAACUCUUCUCCAUACUGCUUUGGAUCCAGGGAGGCCAAUGCCCAGGACAAGCUGUGUGCUUUAUCACACGCUGAACCUAAAGAUGUGCGCCCCAAGCAGAAGUAUCUUACAUCAAGUCCAAAUUUAUAUUUCUUCACAUCUGAUAAAAAGCCAGAAAGUGCUGUGGUCCAACCUCCUGUGCAAAAGGCAUUUCCUUCCAGUGAAAGAGGGGGGAGGCAGACAUUGGGGUACAAAGCUGAUGAGAUGYACGAUGUGAGCUUGAUCUGUGAAGAAGACCUGCUGACCACGAUCUUCUGUGCCUGUGACAUCCAUCACACAGGAAAAGUGGCAGUGUCCAAACUAAUUGAUUAUUUGAGGCAUACAACUAGUCGGGGAUCAGAGGACAGUGGUCUUGAAGAGCUGUGCACCAUGCUCGACCCAGAGCACAAAGACAUCUCCAUGGACCUGGAAACAUAUCAUGCUGUCAUGGGAGAGUGGAUUGAAGRCCGUAAGAGGAAAUGGGAAGAUGGUGCCACUGAGGAAUCAUCAGCAAGCAUGGAAGACCUGGAAUUUCAAGUGCCUAGAAAUGUCUCUGAAGCCAAAAGGACACAUGGGCGGAUGAAUGUUACAGCGGGAAGCUUGGAGGCCUUUGGGGGUGAUGUGUCUAAAGGAGACAUGGAGACUUCUGAUUUGAUAACCUGCGUUGCGGACCUGCAGUACAGCAACCAGAAACUUCAGGAAGAGAACAACAAGCUGAAGCUCACCCUGGAAGCUGUGGAUGAGACCAACAGCAAGCUCUUGGCAGAUAACGAGCAUCUACGGCAACAAUUGAAAAGCAUCCAGAACUCUGUGUUGAAAGCCAAAUCGCUGGAAGAAGACCUUGAAGAAGCAAGGAACAACCUGAACCUGUCAGAAGAGAAGAGAGAGCAGAUACUGUGGCAGAACAAGCAGCUAGAAAAAGAAAAUCAGUCUCUCAACAUCAAAGUUACUUCUCUCCAGGAAGAGAUUAUUAGGAAUAGCAUGGACACUGAYGGGCUGCAAAAGAAGAUUUUGGAGCUGUCUAAAAACACAGCACAACUUCAAAUCCAAGCCCAUGUCUAUGAGAGCACUGUGGUGAAUAAAGAGGCAAGCCUGAUCCAGAAGGAGCAGGACAUCAAGGAGCUCAAGUUAACCAUUGUGGAGUGUUCCUCGAUAAUAGAGACACUGCGGGCAGAAAAAAAUAAACUCCUGGAGAACAUCCAACACAUGCAGCAAGAGCUGAUCUCAAAUGGGCUAAGUUUCCCCUGGUUGUGUAAAUUUAAUAGCAAUGUUCCUGAAGGGAUGAAUUCACUGCACUGUGAACUGGAGCUUGCACAGUCUUCUGAGUUUAUCAAGACUGAAUGGACGUCCCUGGAUGAAACACUGGACCGUGAAGUGCUGCUUUUGCUUCAGGGGCCUGAAUAUGCAGGAGAAAAAUUCAAGGCUAUCAUGCAAAACCUGCAAGAGGAAGCCUCUGAAGCAGAGGAGCUUGUCAUGGUUUCAUUACAAUGGGUAAAAGAUCCUGAUGAGGACACGGAACAAGCCUGGGAAAGAAAACUCGUGGCUCUCAAGCAAGAGCUGGGAGAAAAAAGGCAUCUUUGGACCCAGAAACUCCAGCUCUUGGAAAAAUGCAAGGAGUCCUUAGACAAGGAUUUUAUUCGAAUGGCAGGCAACCUGAGGAGAACCAAGACUGAACAGCUGCACCUCAGGAGAGAGCUCUCUGCUAGGCAACAGGAGAUAGAAACUGUCAAACAGCUACAAGAAGAAACUGCUGGCCAGGCAGAAGCCYUGGCUUUAGAGCUGCAAAAAGCCACCAAGCAGCUGGAGGAUGCCAACAAACAGGCGGAGGAUCAAGUUGAAGCAUUUCACUCUGCUUGUGAGGAAGCAGCAUCCUUGAAGAGCAAGUUGGAGGAAGCCAUUUCUGAGCAGCAGAAGCUGAGGGAUGCGAACGCAGCUUUAGCGAGCACUUGCCAGUUGCUUUGGGAGAAGGUGGAACACCAGAAAACAACUGCUAAUGCACUGAGAUGGGAACUGCUGCAGAGGCGCCUCUGUGAAUUGYUGUGCCAGUGCUGUGCAGAGUUAGAAUCUGAGUAUGCYCUGCUGCCCACAUCAGCUGAACAUGUGAAAGGGAAGCAGCUCCAAUGCUCCAAACGACGGUGGAGUGAAGGACCCACCUGGUACUCUGAAUUUCCCUGGGCACUGCCCUCGGGUGUUUCACACUGGCAUAGCUCCCUUCUGCUAGAUGCUCUGACCUUGGAGACCUCCUGCCCAAAUAGCUCCUCUGGGCACCGCUGGGAUCAGCCUUGCUGGCAGAGCUCUGGCAGCUGCACCUUGGGGAGGUGUGAUGUGGGACACGUGUCUACCUCAGAUGUGACAUCGCAGGAGCGCAGGUGGAAAAUAUGCUCUGCUGAUGACUACACUGAUGCAGACCUUCCUGUUUCCAUUACAAUGAUGGACUCUUCACUUGCUGAGGUCGACUGUGGGGAGUCAACACUAUCAGCCRCUCUGAUCCCAUCCAGUGAUCACUUAACGCCAGCCCAAGAAGCUCUUGCAUCCUCAGGGGAAAGCACAGCACCCCUCCCGGGCUGCCUUGUAAUGGAGGAAAGAUCACCCAAGGACUUACAGGAGAGAGAGGAACAUGUGCCAACUUCUGCAGCAACGGAGACAAACAGUGACAAGGACCCAGCUGCUCCUGUGCCAGGACCAAAUCAGAACAAGAAAGAAUUCUGCUCUGUGAUGGAGGAACACAAGUCUGCRUUUCAAAAUGUUUUGAAGAAAGACCCGGAGGUAGACCUGGAAAAGAAAAAUGAUAAAGAGUGGAGUGAGGAAGCACCAGCUGUGGUUCCCAGUUGGAAAGGGAGUUCACCCUCUGCAGGUGGCAUUAAAGGAGAUAAAACCAAGCAAAAUGAGYCUGACUCUCCAAAUGAGAAGGAGGUGGAGGCUGAAUUUCUGAGGUUGUCUUUAGGUUUUAAGUGUGACUUGUUUACCUUGGACAAGAGAGUGAGGCUCGAAGAGAGGUCCCGAGACUUGGCUGAAGAAAAUUUGAAAAAGGAGAUUGAAAAUGCUGUGAAGAUGUUAGAGGCAUUAGCUCCUUUGUGUGAAGAAGAUAACCAAGCACAGGAGAUCAUUAAGAAGCUGCAGAAAAGUCUGCAGUUCCUCAGUCAAUAUGCAGCCCGAGUCGCCAGCAGAGCAGAGAUGUUGGGAGCUAUUAAUCAGGAGAGCCGGGUGAGCAAGGCAGUGGAGGUGAUGAUCCAGCACGUGGAAAACCUGAAGCGCAUGUACGCCAAAGAGCACGCCGAGCUCGAGGAGCUCAAACAGCUCCUGCUCCAGAACGAGCGCUCCUUCAGCUCCCUUGGAGACAGAGAUGAAUCUACAAAUAAGAAGCUACCAAGUCCUUUUAACUUUAAGCCCUCGUCAGCCCUGCGGAGAGUUAGCAUUGCAACAGUGCCCAGGAGCGCUGGGAAUGCAGGGAUUGGGUUGCCACUGGCCCAGUUCCACGACCCUGAUGGAGACGAACGGAGUGACAGAUUCAGCAGGAGAUCGAGCAGUUGGGGCAGGCUAGGAGUGAAGCAGAAUGAGAAGCGUCCUUCGCUGCAGAGGUUCCUCAGCACCUAUUCCUGGGCRGAGUAUGAAGAGGAGCAUUUUGAAACCAAAAACGAGCAGUCGGAAUCGCCUGCAGAAGUACAGGAACAACCAGCCAGGAAGGARAGUGUCUCUGAAAAAGGCAAAUAUCCAACCAAAUGGACCCUGGAGUCAGUGUACAAUUUGAUGUCAGCGUGGGCAUCCCACUUCAAGGAUUCCUUUUCCAAUGCCAACAAAACCCUCUGGGUGUCCGUGUCCAUCCUGGUCCUGCUGGCUGCUCUCACGAGCUUCCUCACGGGGCUGUCCCUGCAAAGACCAGCAGAUGCAGCCCCUGUAGGCACUGGGGACUCCUGGACAUCCUUACAGCAGCUGCUGUGGCCCUACACAGGACUGCAACACAAUGGCCCUCCCCCGGUAUAACCAAGGCUCUGCCUGCUGCAGUUGCACUGCCAAGCUCGCUGGAGGACAGGAGGUGAAGCUGAGCUUUAUUUAAGGUUACACAUUUGGAUUUGUUUUGUUGGGUUGUGGGUAUUUUUUUGGGGGGGAGAUGAAUUUUUUUCUUUAAAGCAUGAC